GAUGCCCGGUGCACGCCGCUACUGUCAGUGUAGAAGCAGGCGGAUGUACUGAUGGCUCGUAUUUCUGCUGACUUUCACAUUAUGUUGUUGAGUGUCGCGGUUGGUCUCCCGCUACCUGGCCUCUCGCCCUGCUGGACGUCUGUAAGAGCGCACUGACUGAAGAUAGAUGUCCGGAGUGUGAGACCAGCUCGCCGGAUUGCUGCUGUCUGUGAAGGCGCGUUAAGAACCUCCAUCUCUGCCCGACUGAGAGUCGACUGGAGCUGUUUGGCUGGCUGCACUACUAUGACUCUGAGCUCCUGAAGAUUUUGCUUUAAAAAGACAAAAAUUGGCAUCCUUCUUGAAGCCCACUUGAUUCCUCGAUGGGUUCCCGCAGCCAAGGCUUCUUCCACCACCACCACCAUCGUAGCACCAUGGUGCCCACUAUGGUGCCGAGGCUGCUCCCCGAGAACAGCAGCCUGCUGGGGGGCAUUGCCCAAAUCACCCCCAACCUCUUCCUCAGCAGAGGCAACGUGGCAUCCAACCGCAGCCUGCUGCUGUCUAAAGGCAUCACCUGUGUGGUCAACGCCACCAUCGAGCUCCCCAACUUCAACUGGCCUCACAUGGAGUAUGUAAAGGUCCCUCUGGCGGAUAUGCCCCACUCCCCCCUCUCCUUGUACUUCGACAGCGUGGCCGAUAAGAUCCACAGCGUGGGACGAAAGCGAGGUGCGGUGCUGGUGCACUGUGCGGCGGGGGUGAGCCGCUCGGCCUCUCUGUGUCUGGCGUACCUCAUGAAGUAUCACCGCGUGUCUCUGGCCGAGGCCCACGCCUGGGUCAAAGCCCGCCGCCCCAUCAUCAGGCCCAACGGUGGCUUCUGGCGCCAGCUCAUCGACUACGAGAGGAAGCUGUUCGGUCGGAACUCUGUUAAGAUGGUGCAGACGCCCUACGGGGUCAUUCCUGAUGUUUAUGAGAGGGACCGCAGGAGCCUGGCUCCGUACUGGGGCCUUUAAGAACCACAGUGAAGAGAUCAAGGAGGAAGUCAAGAUGAGCACUUUUGCCCUCCUGGACUGUAGCUUCAUGCAUGUUCAGGACAGGCGAAGUGAGACGCAUGUGAGUGUACGUCUGUGUAAGGCCUAUGUAAUGAAUACUGGUGCGUUUGGACAGAGGGAGACCAAACACUGGUUGUUGAUGCUGUUUGUCCAACCAGUUGGCUCUAUGUAGUCUUUGUGCGGGAGCAAAGCGACUUCAACCCCAGAAUCCUUCGGACCAAAGGAUCAAUCGGGACUACAAUGAUGUCAGCCCUGGAGAUAAACGGCACCAACUUCCACUCUCUAAUCUUGUUUCGGUGUCUAUAUUCUAGUUCCAUUGGAGGAUGAGCGUUCGGUGAAGGUUGUGGCCGUUCUCGAGACACUGCAGCUCUGACAGUGAUGUGACUGAAGUCCUUUUCCUGACGUGAUGAUGUCAUGUGGUGGUAUUGUGCCAGUUGUGCAGUAAUCGUUAGUGUGAAGGGCAGCAGCAAGCUCUCAAUUUAUGGUAGCAUAUAAGAUAAGUGUACAGAAAAAAAAUAGAUGCAGACACAUUAUUUGAUUGAAAUGUACUGAUAGUGAGGAACAAAUGGCACACUUUAACUCAACAUUUAAAGAUGUUGUUACAUCUACCUUCUUACAGUUGAACAUCUAGAGGAAGUAAGCGAAAAGUCAAGAUUUAGGGAAAGCUCCUGUGUACCACAGGGUUGACUGUUUCAUCCUGUGACCACACUAUGUUAUUGUAGUGCUGUUUGAUGCUGUAUUAACACAAAAAGAUCUGCCGCCUCAAGGGAAUUGGUAGCUCUAGGAUAGAUGUUUGGAACAAUAUUUUCUAUCCUACAUUUUUUUUGCCUUUUGUCCAUAGGUUGCAAAAAAUCCUAGCAGUACAGAAAAGACAUUUUAUUUCUCUUUGUAUAUCUGCCUAAAAGAGCGUCGUCACACAGGCUGAAGAUCCUACUUCAGCUAUUGCUGCUGCUGGUUGAAAACGUUUACUUUGCUGCACGUCCUGUCCCCACGCUUAUAAAGUUGUUGUCGAGGUGAGACCAAAAAAAGCAAUCACAAUGCACACCUAGACAUUGCCACCAAUAUUAUCACGUAAAAGUAAACAGUGCAGUGAAUGUUUGGCCUGUUGAAACAUUUUCUUCCUAUUUUAGUGGUAUAUUUUCAUCCUAAAGGUACUCCGUUGAGUUUUCUUGUAAACAAACAAAAUGUUUACGCACCAAAACACAUUCUGUGUAUCCUUAGGGUUUAACAAAUACAAAUGUUAAAUGCAUUUCCUCCCUCCCUUUCACAUUGACAAAGCCGAGUUUUUACAUAUUUAUAUCGAGCAGUGUAGCUGGAGCUGCGAUGUUAGCGGGAUACAGCAGACGGCGCUAGAAAUAAAGAGAUGAUGUCAGCUCAGGCGCUCUCCGACUCAAGGCCGCCCGUGAAAUAAAGCACUACGACUGAUCAAUCUUCACAGGUUACCUUUUGUUGAUUCAUUAAUACAUUAGGAAAUGGGGAAAAUGGCAAUCAAACCCAAACCAGCAGCAUAUGACAUGCAUCAAAACACCUGCACCUCUUGUUUUUGAUGUAAACCUGCACACCAGUAGCACAUCAAUUCUCGCCACCACCGUCUUAUUUCCCAGCACCGACUCACAUUAACAUUAAUCAGAGAAGCUUAAAUUUGAUCUCAAUCUGGCACUUCAAAGCUACCAUAAAAUGACUGCUUCUUCUGCAUAGCGUGCCCCCCUGUGUGGUCCAGAGCCAAUUUACACGCGUCUGAUGAUGCAACGCUACGUGAAGUGGCCGGUGUGUGACUUAUUUAAACUGACGUUUUCAAAUUGCUUUAUUAGUCCGACAAACGGUCCAAAAGAUAUAAAUAGAAAAAGCAGCAUAUUCUCACAUGUAUCUUCCUUCUAUCGACCAAUCUCAACUCAUUGCUUCAGCACUAGAUGUAUCGGAUGACUCUGUCGCUUUGUAUUGUGAUUUACCUUCUGGACUCUCACCCCUACACUGCUGCAGUAUAACAUCGCUGUUCUGUGCGGUCGUCUAUAACAGACCGCACGCUCAGUGAUGUUGGAUGUGACAGUUGACAUUUUCAUCCCACGGGGAUCAGUGCAACAAUGUUUUUUUCAACAAUGCCAUAAUAGAUUAAAUGUGACAUUACAAUAACAAUUAAAAAAAAAAAGAAUGAAAGGUCAGGGGUCAAUAAUUGUUAGCAGGAGGAAGAUGCUCUGUAAUCUGACUUCUAAUCAUUUCAUUCCCCAAGACAGUCAUAUUAAAAUGAUAAUAAGAAAAAAGAUCUCAUGUCACUGUUUUUGUUCAAAUGUGAUUCAGAAGAAACACACCUCUAACACACAAUAUUUCUAUUUUUUUUGUAAUUACAUUUCUGAGGAACAGAUUGCAGCGUUUCCUCUCCAAACGCCUCUUGAUCUUAGUUAUGCAUGGCCGUUUUUUCCCCAAGAGACAUCUUCAGACGUCAAAGAAACGUCCUAUCAUUCAUUUCAUUUUGCUGUGGCUACAGAGCAGCAGGCAGAUUAUUGAUGAGCGCCAUUUGUCUUGUGCCCACACUUUCUGAGGGACCUCCGGAGUGGUCUCCACAAUAAAUGCCAUUACCCAGAGAGACAGCUGAUGACAGGCCAACCACAAUGGAGAUGCACAAGUGAUGUGCCCAAAUUACACUGCACACUAUCUUCUCACGGCAAAACAUGAAUCAUCUUCUCCUGCCCCCCCCCAUAACUACCCACAUGACGUUUCCAGGGCAUAAUCAAGCACUAAAAGUAAACAUCCUUCACCAGCAGAGCCAUCUGCAUCACCCUGAGCAUCAGAGGCAGGCCAGGCUCCAGUGGCGCAGAAUGAACAACGAUGAUUAAGUUUUUGGAGAUGACAUUUAAGAGGGCAGCAACUCAACAAGAUGCAUCAGACACGGGUAAGCUGCAACAAACUGCUGUGUGUUGCUGUUAAUUACAACAUGCAUUCAUUUGUUGUCAAUUAAUGUUUAGUUUAUACAAAUUCAGAAAUGAGUGGCGGGGCCAAUGUUCAAAUCCCUGGUUUGGUCUAACCAACAGUUCAAACCUAUACCGGGUAUUCAGACUAUAAUGAUAUAAAGACGGAAAUUCAUUCAUUUGAAUCCACACGUUUGAGAGACUGGAACCGACCAAUAUUUGGCAGAAUGUGUGUAAAUUAUCUAAAAUAUGAUGAAGGGACGUUGUAUUUCUCCCUCCUGUGAUAGCAUUCUGAAGCGUGGAGAGGGCUGUGAAACAGCAUUAAAAGAGACAAAAUGUACAAGAAAUGCAGCUCAACAAUUAGAGCAAUAAAUUAUAUGUGGUAAAGUAAUUAUUUCAGCACUACUACAGUUUUGCAUAUCUGACUGCAGGUUUUAUUUCAACCACUCAAAGCAAAUAUGAACAUCUGCUGUAUAGCUGCAAUGAAUUACAGAAUCACGGCUUCUCUGGGCUUCACAUUAUACAGCCUUUAAUGAUUCACUAUAAUCACCAUGAGCUACAGCACCACUCCCAUAUCAAUAGGUGUAAACCCUGCAUUUUCAUUUUAACAAGACCAUAUGCACAAGGCCAGUUAUUAAACGCGCCGCUGCAAUUUCAGGCUUGCCGCCCUCGUUUCAGUUAUAAUUUGACAACCUGGUUUGGCCACACAGCAGCAUAUGCUGCUGGAUGUAAUUCAAAGUAUGUGUUUCUUAGUUGCAAUGAAUAGCCAUGUACAGAAUGCUGAUUAUUUGGCUGCCGGCAGUACUUUUAAACCUCAAUAAAUGUCGGAGAGUACAGGUUUUAAAUGAUGCUAGUUCUUCAUGUCUCGAUCAUAAAAAUACAGAAGUGAAGCAGUGAUAUAAAGAAUCCAUAACUGAAAUGAGCAUAGAGAGAAUAAAAAAGCCUCUCAGUUGGAAUGAGGAACAUCUAAAACGCAGGGGGAGACGUUGCCUGAUACAGUUUUGUCUGUAGUGAAACAAGUCAUUCUUCCUCAGUCAGCAGCUGAAUGAGUGUGCCGUCUCUGUGGUGUAACAAGGACUCAUCUGUCCAUCGCCUUUAACGCCUCAACUGGAGGAACUGAUUGAUAGAGUGGGCACUGAGGAGGACGACUGUGAGCCACGGAUAGUGAAGAUGACUAGAAUGUGUGCUUAGGUCCAUUAAUGGUGAAAUUCAGCCUUUUGGUGCUUUCUUUUAACUGCUGGUGGGCCAGCUAACUAUGAAAGACAGAACUAGUGUUAAAGUGGAACGUUCUUAUUAUCAGCAAAUCCCAUGAAAAGAUCAAGUGCAGUGUCCAGCUGUUUUAUACUGUAAACUGUAUGUGUGACCUGUUCUUAAAGAUUUAUGUCACAAGUGGGAACACAUGGGUUUGGAUGAGUGCCACAGACAAGGUAGGGAAAUCACAAAGCAUUUAGAGAAAUACUUACACGUGGUUGGUUUUGAUUGUGUUGUAUUUGUAAUAAUAAGAAAUAAUAUAAUAAAAAAUAUAGAAUACACAAUCUGCAGCCCCCCCAAAUUACCAUAGAUUUUAACUGUAAGGCGGUUUUAGCUAGGUGGGCCUGAACAAUUAAGUGCUCAGCUGGUGUCGGUGUAAAUGUUGGCUGAUGAAUAACAAAGAAAUGUCGGUGUUUGAUGCUAUGAGAAACCGGAACAACAUUACAUCGUUUGUCCACUAGAGAGCACUGACUUGUUUAUUUCUCAACUGUAAAAUGUCCUGUUCAAUGUAUAGCUCAUUUACAAUUAUUUUGCAACUAAUGAUUAUUUUGUAUUAGUCUUACCAAUUCAUAUGGCAAUUUAAAUAAUCGUUUAGUUUGUAAAAUAUAUGAAAUGUAAAACAGUGAUAAUCCCACUAUGGCCAAGGUGAAAUCUGUGUCUUGUUUUGUCCAACCAACAGUCUGAAAUCCAAAUAUUAUUGUAAGUAUAUCAUUUACAACUCUAUCAAGCAGGGAAGAUACAUAUGUGAGGCUGGAACAAGUGAAUGUUUGACAUUCGAUAACUGGUUUUGUUUGUAAAGAAUCGAUGCUGGGUCAUUUUCUGUUGAUUGACAAGUCGAUUUUGUUUUUAUUAAUUAUUUGUUAUGUGUACGUUGGGGGGAGCAAAUAGAUCGAUCCGAUUUUUCAAACUCUCAAAUAUCACAUUUGGCCUCUAAAAUCUAGGAGUAGUUAUUGAUCAUGAACAGAAGACAACAUUAAAAUCUUCCUAACACAGUAACAAAAUUGGAACCUAAAAAAUGAAAAUGUAAUCGGAAGAAAGUAAAGCAGGAAGCAACUCUAUUCACAAGAGUUACAGCAAUCAUGUGCAGAAGCAGCUGUUUUUAAACUGUAAUGUGAUUGCCCACGGUCAUGAAAUACCAAAGAGCAGCAGUCAAUACAACACAGCAUCACUUCAAUCUCGCUUCUCUCCCGCAGUGAUGAUUUCAGCAUUGCAGACAAUAGGCGUGAAGAUGACAGGCACAGGCGGUCUGCAUUUCAAAUUACAAGCUUUAUUCAGUAAUUGAUUUCAGCAUUUGUGAUUUUCUGUAGAGAGGAAAUCAUUUUCUGCAGGAAAUGAAUUAGGUCAUAGCGACAGAUAAAAUGGAUGUUGGAGAGCACACCUGAACACAAGUGUGAGAACGAUAAGACUGGUUUCACACAGCCUCAAGACAUCUCAUUUGAUUGGUUGAGCUGAACCGCCAGCAAUGGCCGGCAGGCUUGUCGAAGUAGAAUUUAUUCCAUUUUGUCAUGAAUUGAUGGAGAUGAGGCCUCUCCGGCCGGAGAGACAGUCAAUUAAAAAUGAUGAUGAUG